AUGGCCGCUCUCAUGAUGCUCCGCGCCCCCGCGCUCGCGCUCCCCGCGCGCGCGUCCGCGUCGCGCGGCCGCGGCCGCGUCUCCCGCGCGGCGGCGCCCGCGCGCGUCGUCCGCGCGUCGUCCGCCGACGCCGACGCCGAUCGCGAAAAAAACAUCUCGCGCGACGUCGCCGCGCCGGCGCCGCUCUCCGCGGACGCGACGCGCAACGUCCUCGCCGCGUUCCCCGCGCUCGCGAUGCUCGCGUCGCCGGAGAUGGCCUCCGCGGCGGUCUCCCCCGUCGCGUCCGCGACGGCGGCGUACGGCCACUACCUCGGCCUCGUCCUCGUCGUCGCGACGCUCGUGGCGGAGAAGUUUCUCAUCAAGCCCGAGCUCACGGAGGAGGAGGCGAAGACGCUCGUGAUCGCGGACAGCGUGUACGGCAUCGCGGGACUGCUCGUCCUGUACACCGGCUACCUCCGGGUCACGGAGUACGGCAAAGGGUGGGAGUUCUACGCGCACGAGCCGAUCUUCUGGGUGAAGAUGGGCCUCUUCGGCGUCAUGGGGUCCUCGAGUCUCUUCAACACGAUCAAGAUCAUCACGAUGGCGGCGGCGCAGAGCAAGGGCGAGAAGCCGGCGCUCGGGGAGAAGCUCGCGGCGCGGAUGCAGAAGAUCGUCAACGGCGAGCUGCUCGCCAUCGGCUCGAUCCCUCUCGCCGCGGCGAUGAUGGCCAGGGGGGUGGCGUACCAGGAGCAGAUGCCGUGGCAGGCGGGCGCGGCGCCCGUCGCCGCCGUGUGCGCGGGGCUCACGUUUAAGUACGUCAAGGAGGCGCUGUCGUGGAGCGACGAGGAGAAAGUCGAGAGCGCGUGAGCGGUGGACACGUGGACGCGUAGUGAGCGGCGCGGCGCCGUGAUUCGAUGAGGUAUUCCACGUCGGCAGAUCAGAUCAGAU